AUGGCCAGGGAGAGCAUUAAUAUUUUUCAGAGUCAACCUGGCGACAUUCUUUUAGGGGGAACAUUUAGGAUUUAUUUGGAUGGAGUUUUUGAUGACCUCCGUUUCACAAAAAAUAACCCUGAGGUCCAAUGUCAGAGGUUUGGGAUUGAGCCUUACCAGAGCCUCCAAGCCUUAACCUUUGCAGUGGAUCAGAUUAAUGCAGAUCCUGAACUCCUUCCCAACAUUACACUGGGGUUCCAGGUUUAUGACACAUGCAGGACUCUGAGACGAGCAGCACAAGGAACUUUUGCAAUGCUUUCAGGAGGAGAGGAAAUUAUCCCAAAUUAUCACUGCAAUAAAGGGGCACCUCUUGCUGGUAUCAUUGGAGACUCUGGGUCCACACGAUCCAUUCUUAUGGCCCAAAUUUUAGGACUGAACCGUUACCCACAGAUCAGUUAUUUUGCAACUAGCCCUGUUCUCAGUGAAAGGGACCUGUUUCCUUCCUUUUUCCGUACCAUACCUAGUGAUGAGUUUCAGAUGAAAGGUCUAGCCCAGCUGGUUUCUCAUUUUGGUUGGUCUUGGGUUGGUCUCCUGGCCAGUGAUAAUGAUUAUGGACAGUAUGGACUUCAGAUGGUGCGGCAGGAGGUAAUAAAUCAUGGUGCCUGCGUGGCCUUCACUGAAAAUAUCUUGACCACUCAACCCAACAGGAAUGCACCUCGCAUUGUCCAAGUCAUUAUUCAAUCAACCGCAAAUGUUGUGAUUGUGAUAGCCUCUGAUUCUGACUUUGUGAUUGUGGUGGAAGAGUUGUUGAAGCAAAAUGUGACUGGGAAGAUCUGGGUAGCUAGCGAAUCUUGGUCAACUUCAGCUUUACUUUCUGCAAAAAGAUUCCAAGUUGUAUUAUUGGGUUCUGUGGGCUUUGCCAUCCAUGCUGGGCAGAUACCAAACUUUACCAACUACCUCAAUAACCUCCACCCAUCAAAUAACCCUCAAGGUUCACACAUAUGGGAAUACUGGGAGGAAAUGUUCUCUUGUAAGUGGCUUAAUAAAGAUAACUCCGUGGGAAAUGUAAAAGCAUGUACAGGCAACGAAACAUUACAAAGCUUAUUGUCUGAAGAGAAUGGCAGAUUAUCUUUCAAUGUGUAUACAGCUGUUUAUGCCAUUGCAUGGGCCCUACAUAAUCUACAUUACUGUGCACCUGGAAAUGGGCCAUUUUCUCACAGUGCAUGUGCCAACAUUUCUUCCUUUUACCCUUGGCAAUUAAGAGACUCUCUAAUUCUAUUACUAUUUAGUUUAAGUAGUUUAAGAAAUAAAGAUGGGAGCCACAUGUUCUUUGAUGAAAAAGGGAACCCUCCAGCCAUUUAUGACAUUGUGAAUUGGCGUCUGAGACAGAGUAUCACAUUGGAGCAGGUUGUAGUUGGGAGUUAUGACUUGAAUGUUCCUAAUGGGAAGACUUUGAAUGUAGACAAUUCCAGGAUUGCAUGGAGCAAUACUAAUGCUCAGGUUCCUAUGUCCAACUGCAGCCCAAGCUGCCCUUUAGGAUUUAGGAAGGUGAUAGUACCUGAAAAACCCCUUUGCUGCUAUGAAUGUGCACCCUGCCCACAGGGUCAGAUUUCAAGCCAAAUAGAUGCUGUGGAAUGUCACCAAUGUUCUUGGGACACUUGGCCCAAUCUACAACAGGACAGAUGCUUACCAAGAACUACAGAGUUCCUUUCCUAUGAAGAGUCUUUGGGUUGCAGCUUAGCAGCCACCUCCAUCUUCUCAUCUUUAAUUCCACUUAUUAUAUUAGGAGUUUUUAUCAGUUAUAAACAAACACCCGUUGUGAGAGCCAACAACUAUUCCCUUAGUUGCCUUCUGCUGCUUUCCCUGUUCCUCUGUUUCCUUUGCUCUUUAGGGUUCAUUGGUUACCCACAACCUGAAAUGUGUCUUCUGCGCCAGGUGGCAUUUGGGAUGGUUUUCAGUCUCUCCAUCUCUUGUGUUCUGGGCAAAACGAUCACAGUUAUCAUUGCCUUUAAUGCAACCAAACCAGGCAGCAGAUUAAGAAAGUGGACAGGGGUAAGGAUACCAUACUGCUUCAUUAUGAUUUCUGUCUUUAUUCAGCUGUGCAUAUGUUUGGUUUGGAUGAUCCCAUUCCCUCCCUUUCCUGAACUUGAUACUGACACAAAGCCUGGAGUAAUCAUUGUUAACUGUAAUGAAGGGUCACUUACAGCUUUCUGGUGCAUGUUGGGAUAUCUUGGAGUCUUGGCCACCAUCAGUUUCAUUGUGGCUUUCCUGGCUAGAAGACUCCCUGACAGUUUCAAUGAAGCCAAAUUUAUCACAUUCAGUAUGUUGGCUUUCCUCAGUGUCUGGGUGUCCUUUAUCCCAGCCUAUCUCAGUGCACGGGGCAUGUAUACUGUGGCAAUGGAGGUCUUUGCCAUUCUAUCCUCCAGUUGGGCUUUGGUGUUCUGUAUCUUUGUUCCAAAAUGCUUCAUCAUAUUGUUUAAACCCAACCUGAACUCUAGAGAUCAUAUUACAUUUAAAGGCAAUAAUAAAUAA